CAAGGACUGGAAACACAAGUGUUUUCACUGAAGCUCCACUUGGCUUCCCAAGUCCAGGCUCUGUUGCACCAGGUUCCCUGGGGUGGAGGCUGGAGGCAGCUGCCAGGGGCAAGAUGCCCACCCACUGGCCCCGAGCCUUUGCUGGGCUGGCCAAUGAAACAGGACAAUUGUGAGGUGGGGACUGCCUGUCCCCCUGAGUACCAGGCUGUUGAGGCAGGGCCAUCUCCUCCUCACUUCUGUUCUGACUGCAGUCUGUGGCUCUGAUUCCGUACUGGAGGGUGGCUGCAGGGACAAACAUUCUGCAUACUCCUUGUCAAGCCAGAGGACCAGUGGCCUGUAACACUUGGCUGAAGCCAGAAGGGCCCAAGAUGCUGUUGCUGCGAACUGUUCUGCUUCUAUUAGUUCUGCCAAGCCAUGGCCAGGACACCACAACUGAAGAAACAGGAGUCCUGUUUCCCCCACCCAAGGGGGCCUGCACAGGGUGGAUGGCGGGCAUCCCAGGGCAUCCUGGCCACAAUGGGACCCCAGGCCGAGAUGGCAGAGAUGGUACCCCUGGUGAAAAGGGUGAGAAAGGAGAUUCAGGUCUUGUUGGUCCUAAGGGUGAUACUGGUGAGACUGGAGUGACCGGGGCUGAAGGUCCCCGAGGCUUUCCAGGAAACCCAGGCAGGAAAGGAGAACCUGGAGAAGGUGCCUAUGUAUACCGCUCAGCAUUCAGUGUGGGAUUGGAGAAUCGCGUCACCGUCCCCAAUGUUCCCAUUCGCUUUACCAAGAUCUUCUACAAUCAGCAAAACCACUAUGAUGGCACCACGGGUAAAUUCCACUGCAACAUUCCUGGGUUGUACUACUUCUCCUACCACAUCACAGUCUAUAUGAAGGAUGUGAAGGUUAGCCUCUUCAAGAAGGACAAGGCUGUGCUCUUUACCUAUGACCAGUACCAGGACAAGAACGUGGACCAAGCCUCUGGCUCUGUGCUGUUGCAUCUGGAGGUGGGCGACCAAGUCUGGCUCCAGGUGUAUGGAGAGGGGGAGCACAACGGACUCUAUGCAGACAAUGUCAAUGACUCCACGUUCACAGGCUUCCUUCUCUACCACGACACCAUCUGAUCACUGCUCACUCAGAGCCGCCACCAGGCCAAACUGCCCCAAAGUCAGUCAGUCAAAGAACAGUCAACAGGCGUUCAGUGUAGUUAUUGUGGGAGGUUGAUUAUUGUUUAGUUGGAGGACUCUGAACAUUAUUCAUUUAUUUACUCAUUCAUUUAUGCAUUCAUUCAUCAAGUAACAUUUUAUUUAAAAAAUCAUCUACUAUGUUCCCAGUCAUGAAGAAGACAUGUUCGUUAGCCUCAAGUAUUUCUUACACAGUGGAAUAAAAGGGUAAUAAUAACAUUUACUAGGGAGCUUCACAUACACGACAAGACAACCAACUACAAAGAAGUAGUUGACAAUGCUAUUUUGUGCCUACUCUCUCUCCUGAUGUUUACGGCAAUCCCGCGAGGUACAUACAAAAGAUAUAAUUCUCCUCUUUUUACAGUUAAGAUCCCGAGGCUGUGGGAGUUAAAUGAACAUCUAAGGUCACAUAGGUAUUAGGUGGCAGAGCUAGAAAUCAAAUCCAGAGCUAUGGACUUUUUUCACUAGACUGUGCCCUUUUCAGAAGUACACAGCCUUUUUGUACUGUUGAUAGGGGUCUGUUACCCACCUCACCUGGGGGCCUCUGAAUUUGCCUCUAUCACAAGCUAAGACUCCCCCUCACACACAAUAGAGCUUUCUCAGAGAAGGUGGUCCUGUGAUCGCGUCCCAUCCCAGCUGCACUACUCAAUGGGCCCAGCACUGCUCUGUACUUCCUCUUCUCUGUGACUUUCUCAUGUUCUUCCCUUUCCCUGGGGAAAUCCACCUCCACCCACACACACUGAACUCCUCCCUGUUUCUCAAGGCCACCUGGCCAGGAGCUUUUCUGAUUCGAUGUCUCACAGUUUACCACACGGGGUAUGAGAGAUAUCCUCCCACCAGGGUAGGGGCGACUGCCUGGUAGGACUGUGCUUUCUUCACAUCUGAAUUUCUUGCAGAUCCUUGAUAAAUGCCUCCUGAAGACCAAUCUCUUGAAUUCCUUAUCUACCCAGAAUUAACUCCGUUUCAGUCUCUCCAUAUGACCAGUACUUAUCCACAGCAACACUUUCAUUUUAGGAACUCCCUGGUUUUAAGCACCCAGUCCCUGUUCAGCUGGGUCGUGUGAAUCUUUUCCCCUGAGGUUAGGCAUGAUUGUGCUUUCAGAACACUUAAGGAAUUUUUACUCAAGGAAGUAGCUUGAGCCUGAAAUGCAAAACCCAUGAAGGAAUUUGGAAUCCAUUCUUUCCUUGAGUACCAAAAGUGUCAGGGAAGACUGAGUCUCCUGAAUUUAUUCUUGUUCUUUAAGAAUUAUAGGUAAUGUAUGGUGGUGACAAACAUUCUCUCAGGAGGCAAUCACUCAAGUGAUCCUCUUCAAAUGUUGUAGCAAAAGCAGAGUUAAUAGCAUUCUGUAUAAAUAUAGAAGAAUUAUUUUGCUUACAAUUUUAAAUACUGAAUGACUCCUUUGUGAUUGCUAUUCAUUAAGUGAUUAUUAUUUCUACGUAUACAGCUUUGUAUUUUAAAUACUUGCAUAUCAUUAUUUUCUACAAGUAAAGAUACUUUCCAGCAUUAAAUGCAAAAUCACUUGUUUCACAUGACUUUUGUUUUCAUUUUUGAGAAAGAUGUUUGGAGAGGAGUGAAGAGGUGAGAGUUAACCCUAUUAGUCAGGAUUCUAUGUUGUGAAUGACAGAAACCCAACUCAAACUAAUGUGAGGGGGGGAAAAAAAGAAAAUAAAGAAAGAAAAAAGGAAAAUUUAUUCCUUUGGAUAAUAGAAAAUACCAGAGCUGUUUUGUCUGUUCUGUAGGUAAGGCUUGUACCAAGGCUGGUACCAAAGGCUGAAAGCAAUCAAGUCUCUUUUUUGUCUGUCCUUCCACUCUGAUUUCCGUAGUGUAGGUUUCACCCUCAGGCCCUACACAGCAUAUUUCCAGGCUUUCCCUUGUGAUGUCAAAAAGACUGCAGCCUGCCCAGCUCUCGUACCCUCACACCACACCAUCCAUGUGAAAAGACAUCGUCUUUCAGGUGGUCCCCAAAGAGGAGAGGAAGCUCUCUUUCCCAGAAGACCCAGCAUCUCAUUGGCUCUCACUGAGUUGUGUUCCCAUCUCUGACCAAUCACCAAAGUCAGGAGGAUGGAAUAUACUUAUUGACUUAAGUGUGGCUCAAGCUAACGAUAUUUAGAGGUGUUUUUCUAAAGCAGAAUCUGUUACCAGAAGCGGGAAAAUGAAUAAUGGAUACAAAGCAACAUCUGUCCACAACAAAUUCUUAAUGCUAUGUUUGAGCUUUCUUAGGUUUUUCAGAGAGAUUCUGCUGGGAAAUUACUAUUGCUUUUCCCUAAAAUUUCAACAAGUAGCUAAUGUCUGGCCACGCUCACAGUCCCACAUCUGGCUAGGGUGGGAUCCUCACAGCAUUGGACAUGGUGUCAUAGUCACUUUGAACUCUCUGGAGCAGAGCCACUUCCUUGUGAAAUCAGAGGCACAGAGAGGGCCAAUCUAUAUAACACCUCUUCAGAGAGGUUAUGGCCAAGAUUUCAGGAGUCAUGGUCUCAUGAUGCCUUCAAGUAUAAUUGUGGAUGUUUAUUUCUCUUCAGUUCUGUCAACUUUUGCUUCAUGUAUUUUGGAGCUCUGUUGUUAGAUACGUACACAUUUAGUGUCAAGACUUCUUGGUGAAUUUACCCUUUUAUCAUUAUGUAAUGUCCUUCUUUAUCUCUGAUAAUGUUCCAUAUUCUGAGGUCUGCUUUGUCUGAAAAUAUAGGCAUUCAACUUUCUUUUGGUUAGUGUUUGCAUGGUAUAUCUUUUUCCAUCAUGUUCCUUUAAAGAUAUGAAUAUUACUAUAUUUAAAAUAUGUUCCUUACAGACUGCAUGUAGUUGUUUCUUGCAGACUGCAUGUAUUUUUAACCAGUCUGAAGAUAUCUGUCUUUG